AUGUCCCUCAUGCUUAGCCGACCGUUCUUUGUGAAGCUACCAGGAGACGCAACUCCAUCGUCAAAACAUACCCAACCGCAAAUCGGUGGGUGGUGGGCCAUCGUUCAGCAGUGGAUGACAAGGCAUCACGCUUCGGUCUUUGUGAUUCUCGCCAACUACAUGGCAUCGAAAGAUGAUCCAAAAUCAAGUGGCGCCGAGAUCCAUGUCAAGACGGGAUUGACGGCCUUUGCAACUGAACUUGUGAUCGGUCUAUUGAGUGUCAGCUUUCUUAUGAAACAGGCUGAUGUACCACUGCAAGACUUCGACCCAUCGCAACCUUGCAAUUCGACUCAAGGAGUUUCCAAUUGUCCGGCUAUGCAACAGGACGCUGAGCUUCUGGCAGGGCUUGUGUUGACCAAUGCCGCCGUUGUAGGGUUCUUUGUACUGUGCUCGCCAUGUAUUUUUGCAGACUUCCAAGACGACUCAGAGGGACCGCCUCAUAUGAGGAAUAAGACCGCGUAG